AUAUUUUGUUAUCGUGAGGGUACAGAUAAAGCAGUCGGGGUAUUUAUUUCGACUGUUUUUAAACUAUUCACUUCCUUGUUUUAGCGUAUCAUUACCUGUUUUGAAAACAUUUUUAUCUAAUCAUUUAAAAGACGAAGAACGCAGUCAGAGUAUGGUUGUGUAGAUAUUUUAAUAAGUUUUGUUUUAAAAUGUCGCGGACAUUACGAGUGUGUUGGAUGUUUCUUUGGAUUACGGCUGCUAAUGUUUCAGCAAAUUAUUUCCUGUCGAACGAAACUUUCUCGUGGGAUGACGCAAAAAAUAAAAUGAAUUUUGCAACACCAGUCAUACAAGUGGAUAAUUCAUCAUUUAAAGUAAAUAUAACAACUGACUUGAAUCAAAAUGAAGACGCUUGGGUUGGUUAUUUCAAGAAAGAGACAGCAUUUGAAUACAUUGGAUGUGGUCGUUUGACAAAUACAGAACCAAAGGUCUGGUUGACAUUAAAGAGGAAUUCCCCAGGCAACUGCUUUUCAGUGUGCAAACAAUAUGAUUACAAUCAUAUUGGAUUAAAUAAUGGCACGUGCUUUUGUCUGAGUGUAAUACUAAACGAUGAGAUAAAAUUUCCUGAAUGUGAUAUUUCUUAUGAUGGAAAUUGGAUUGCGGGUGGAAAGGAAUAUAUGUCAAUUUAUAGAGCGAUUGAAACGGAUAUAAAUGUUGCAAUACAGAAUAGCGGCAAAUGUCUUGUUUUUCAACAGAAUAAAGAAGUCUUUUGGGCUGAAUGUGAUGAAGCUGAUCAGAAACUAUGCAAAAAUGGUGAGUCUUUCGAGCCAGUAUUUCAUGCAAGUUCACAGUUCUUUUUUUGGAGGCAUUAUGUGAAAACUUGUUUUGUAAGCAAUUUUUCUGCAAUCAACUUUCAUGGCAUAUUUAAUUCACCAACUUUAACUCCAAAAUCGACAAAUGUUAUACGCAGUGAUGUGAUAUAUAAAUUUAAUGAGAAAGCAAAUGCAAUCAGUAAAGAUAACAGUGUGAAAUAUGGAUAUAUUACUAAACGUGGAAGCGUUACAUUUUUACUUUUCAAUAAAACUAGUUCAAACAAGCGCUAUCUGUUUCAAAUAGAUUCAGAGACAGUAACAAAUCCCACCAGUGAACAAAUACGGACAUCAACCACACAGACAUCAACGACCAAAACUACAAGACUACCACUAGAUAAUGGUACCACACCAAGAAAUACUUCAUCAUUACCAAUCAAAUCUUCAUCGAUUACCACUGCUCAUACAUCCUCCACAUCUUCAGUGAACGAUGGUAUUACGAAUAGUUCAGAACCUUUGCAGUCAAUAUCUGAGACAAUUAUAUCAGAAAGUUCUGACGUCAGUGUCCCAGUCAGCAUUUCAGUUGUAGCUGUUAUCAUAGUGGCAGUUAUUGUUACAAUUAUAACAUUAAAAAGAAGAGGGAAAUUGCAAGGCAUAUGCACCAAAGGUUCUGCACUGGAUAAUCUAUCAAAAAGAAUAUCCGAUAUAAUUCCCGCUGAAAAUAAGCUGAAAAAUUCCGACUCAGCAGUUGAUGAUUACGAACAAAUAAGUGAACUUAAAGACAAUCAUAAUGUCGAUGUUAAACCAGAUCUUGACGUAGGAAAUGGUAAUUACGGACAUACUUAUUUCGUCCUGGAACCUGGCUCCAGGGAAUCUCAUACAGAUGGUGACAUCUCAGAUUUCAGAAAAGAGGAAACAGAAAUAAACGAUGAUUAUAAUACAUUACAUUUAAAUAAAACUUUUGGCACAAAAGCUGAUGACACUUACGACACAACCGAAAAAGCAGCUAUAAAACUGAAAGCGUUACGUGAUACAGGAUGUGAUAAAGAAUCCCCCAAAAAAUUAAACGGAAAUGAUGAAGACACAUAUAAUCACAUCAGCAGAAACCUCUUGAAAAAUAACAAAACAGACAAUAUUUAUGGUGUAACUGAUAAUCAAGAAAACGAUAAUGGGGAUGUAAACAAAGAUUGUAAAAAGAACCUUCAUGAUGGAGAUGACACAUACAGUCAUUUAAACACUACUCAUUAACCCAACAAAAUGUGUGUACACUUGCUACACUUGUAAAAAAAAACUUUGCGCAAUAAUUUUUCACUGUAAGCUAGUUAAUUGAGAACUUUGCGCAGUAAUGAUUUUACAGUCAGCUAGUUAAUUGUUUGAGUCUUACAAAUCAUCAUCAUUUCAAGAAGAAAUUUGUGUGUGAUAUAUCUGAUGAUUGAAGCCAUGCAAAUCUUACAAGGUUCAUUCAAAAUCUUCACAAUAUUUUAUUUAUUGAUCAUAUUAUACAUUUAAAUUGUAAUGCACAACUUUAAUACUUUUAAUAACGACGUGUUUUGUUUUUAAUCAUUUUAAAUGUACUUUUGUCAAAUUCUUUAUUACUUAUAUAUCUUGGUACACGCUUUUCAUUAACA